AUGAUCAUCACCCCUGACUUGGUUAAGCCGUCAUUGAAUAGCAAACCCGUCAUCUGGAAAGAGCUCGGCGCCUACAUCGACCAGAAGCUCCACGUCACCCGCGGCGACCCCUCGAUCACCCUCGACACCCUCGUCGCCUACAAGAUCUGCAACAGCUGCCAGCGCCCCAUCGGCAGUGCCCUGCUUGGCGACCACUACCACAAGUGUAUGGAAAUGAGACAGCGGCUCAAGGACGAGACCGGCGAGACCCCCGUCCCCGCCGCCACCGCCGCCACCGCGCUGAAGCGCAAACGGGGCCGCCCCGCCGACGACCCGCUGAGCGCCGACUCCACCCGCCAGCUGACCCCGGUGGCCCCGGCAUCCAGUGCCAACGACCGCCCCAAGAAAAAGUACAAGAAGCUGGUGGCGCAGAAGGAGAAGGAGGGGAAGAAGAAAGAGGCGCGCAAAAAGCUGACGAAACCCAAACCCCCCGCCAAGGACAAAGGCCCCGUCGAUGUCGAGAAGCAGUGCGGGGUGCCGUUGCCGCUGGGAGGCCACUGCAAGCGGUCGCUCACCUGUAAGACCCACUCGAUGGGGGCGAAGCGCGCGGUGCCGGGGCGGUCGGCGCCGUACGACGUGUUGUUGCAGCAGUACCAGAAACGCAACCAGGCAAAGCUUGCGGCGCUGAACGCCCUCGCCGUCCAGCAGCGCGAGAACCAGGAGUUGCGCGACGACGACGUCUUCACCCAGCGCGUGCUCGACCCCGAUGAAGAGACCCACAUGGUGCUCGAAGGGUUGUCGAAAAACACCCCGUUCCCGUUGGAGCGCCACGUCAUCAUGCCCUUGCGCCGCCGCCAGAAGUUCCUCGCCCGCCGCGAGGCCUAUGCCAACGCCCUCAUCAUCCUGGGCAACAACCAACCCCAGAAGAGCAACGGCCUGGAUGCCGGCGCCCCCGACCAGACGUUGGCCAACCAGGCGAUCCUGGGGCUGAUCGGCGGCCUCCAGGGCCGCUGCGCCUUGAUCAACGUCGACCUGCCCCUGGAGCUGACCCAGCUGUACCUGCUGAUCCCGGGGGAAAUGUACCAGGUGCGGGCGCCGCUGAAGGCGAUCUCGAUGACGGCCCAGUACAACCAGAUGCAGCAGCAGGCGUUCCAGCAGACGUUUUUGCGCUACCAGCAACAGCAGCAGCAGUUGGCCCAGUUGCGCCAGCAGCAGGCUUCGUCGGCAAGUCAGUAA